CUACGCAACGACGAGUCGCAUUCCUCCUCGUCCGAAAUAGUCUCCAUCCUCACUAUUUGACUAUUGAUUCCUACUUCACAGCACGAUGAACCCUAAUAUAAUUUUAUUUGCAUGGGCGGCUUCCCUUGAAAAGAAAAAACAGUUGCUCCUUGAAAUGGAAGAAGAGUUGGAGCAAGCAAAAAUACCGGGCGAAAUCCUCAUCCCGGCGAACGUAAAAGGCCAGCCCUUCACGAAACGAGAAGUCUUGUCCUUGAUGAAAUCGAUUGAAAAAGUCGUUCCCAUCGAGUCUGAGCAAUGGAAUGAAGUUCUUGCAACCCAUUGUAAGAAGUAUCCCGGGAGGACGACGAAGUCAUUCCAAAGGAAGUUGAAAGAUCUGCAAGAAAAAUCCAUCUCUUCCGACGAUCCGAAUUGUCCCAAGGAGGUGAAGAUGGCAAGAAGAAUCCAGAGUAUGAUUGCUGAAAAGCAAAACGAAGAAAGAGAUAGAGAAGUCGAACAAGUGAAGAAGAGAUACAGGAGAGAAAUGGAACAUCCAGAUUGUCCAGAGGAUGUCAGAAUGGCCAAGGAAACCUGGAUCUUGAUCGAGGAAAAGAAGAAACGUCUCCGUCUUCAGCAGCAGCAGAAGGAAAAGCGCGAGAAGGUUGUGGAUGACGCCGCCAUCACUAGCGUUCCGACGCUUGGUGGACGAUCUCGGAAUCAAGAUCUUACUGUAGAACAUACCACUACAGCCACACGGCCGGAUGCGGAACCAAGAACCAGCACCAAAAGAUCUUACUCUUCCAUGUCAUCCACCAGCAACGACAGCAUUUCAAUGAUUGAGAUGAAGAAAAAGGAGCUAGAUAGAAGGAUGGCUGAAUAUAAUAAUGAGCUAUUUAGAAUGAUGAUUGAGCACAACAAGGAGCGAGAUAGAAGAAAGGCUCAACGGGAGGCUCAACGGGAGGCUAAAAUGAAGGCUUUAAUAAGAAAAUUCAAGGCUGAAUGGGUCGGAAGCGCGGAGGACUUCAAUUUGAUUCUCCUGUUCUUUGAGUUUGUCUCCUUGCUGUCUGGAAUACCCCUUCCCAAAGAGUACAGAUUGAACGCUUCUGAUCGCAAGAAAGCAUCUGAACGUCUUGCGACUUUGAUCAAAGAGUUCAUUCAAAAAAUAUGUUAAGUCUCUAGAAGUAACCUUGAAUAAUCGAUAUGUCUCAAU